CCCCCCCCCCCCCCCCCAAAACCCCAUCGUUCCGUUCGUCCCUUCCCCUCCGCCUCCCGAACGAGAGGAAAGCCACAGGUCCUCCAAUCGAAAUGAAGCCCCAGCAAAACCCCGACCCCCCCGCGCCGCCGUGGACGAGCCCUCGCCCGGAUAUGCGACCGCCGUGGUCGCUCCUCAGCCCUUCCUUCUCCCGCAGAGCGUUCCCCGCCGUCUCCGAGCAACCCUGCGUCACGCUCCACGAGUGGUGGCUGGCGAGGGUGGAAGGGGACGAGCGGAAGAUCGCCGUCGCCGGGUUCUUUGAAAGGAACCAAACAAUCCAGGCAUUCUCUUCUGCACCCAUCGCAAAGCGCCAUGAGGCUUGUACUCUUGAAACUGAAGAUGGGAUUGUCGUGUUCAUUCAUGGUUCACUGAACACUUCGCGAAUGCUUGCCAAUGAAUUUCCAAUUGAGGUCUGCGAAAAAUUCAUAAUUGGAUUUCCACACUGGUGGGACAGGUGCAAUGAGCGUUAUCCCAGGACAACACGCUCAUGCACAGGAUUUCAACCAAGCUCUUCUAACACUACCAAUUCACAAGUGGAUUCAACUCAGUUUUACUUGGAGAAACUUCAGCUAGGGAAAUUUGUUGAUUCACUUGCAUCUUCUUUGAUGAGCAACACUCUUAACAAUGCUAAAAGUUUCUCAGACAAUGAUGAUGAUGCCUUCCGAAACUCUUCCUGUUUACCAAAUGGAGCACCAAGAUUUGAGGAAUACACUUAUGAUGGUGAUAUUUCAACAAAUGAAGAGGCUUUUGCUUCAAAUGAUGAUUGUGAAAGGUACACAAAUGUGUCUAUGGAGAUGGAUAAUGUGGAAACAAACUUGAUUGCAGGCAUCACUUUAAGAGAAAGAAGUCAUGGUGACAUUGAGACUAAUGUAUCUUUAGCUCCCAUGGUGGAAUGUACUAAUAAUGAGGGUAACGAAUGGGCAGACAAUACUCCACCCAUAAGUACAUGCUGUCAAAAAACUCCAGUGGCUUCAUUGAAGAGUCAAGGUUGCUGGAAAAGAGCUCGGCGCAUAUCAUUGAAUGAGAAUUCAGUUCAGUCAAAUGUGCAAUCUCGGGAGAAGCCUGUAGGCCCAUCAAAGGGGCAAAGAUCUGCGCAUGAAAAGUUGCAGGGUGCUACUAGAUCUCCAAUUACCAUAAGCUCAGUUCCAUAUGCCCACCAAUCUCCGCUAACUCGUGGUAGGGCUACGUCGUUGUCAAUGUCCAUACCUGAAUCUUUGAAACUGAGAAAAACCAGAUCAGGUCGUGUGAUGGUACCCAGAUUGGAUGCCGGAUGCCAACGGAUUGUCUACGACUGUGAUGGUUCUAUUUCUGGUGUCAUUGGCCUAGAUUCGCCACCGCCAGCCAAAGGAAGCGUGGUAAAGACUUAUGUAAGGAGGAAGAAAAAGGAUCAUUGAGCAUCGAGCAUCUUUCGGACGUAAAUCACUGCUAAUCUGUGUGAAAAUAUAACAACUUGUUGGCAGAAUCUUGUGGUCGAUGUACCGUGUAAUUCGUGAGAAGAAGGAUGUGAUGGCACACUGUAUGCACAUCCAGGAGUUUAUUUUAAUUAGCUCUCGGUAGAUCCUGUGUAUAAGCUAUGUCUGCUGAUCCUAGUCUUUGUUAUGGAUUGUCGAAGAUUAAACAUGA